AUGGCGCGUCGCAAAAGAAAGGGCAACAAGCCGCCACCGCCUCCGGCGCACCUGGCGUGGGCAGACAGCCUUGAUAGACCAGACCAAGUAAGCCAGGAGCAUGUCGACACGGCGUACGGGCUCGCCGUCGAGCCGGUCUGCCCCGACGCGAGCGGGAAGAACAGGGCACACUCAGCGUACUGCCUCCACGGGUGGGCCAAGCGCGGCAAGGGUGUGUGGGCGACCCGGCCGAGUAUUCUGAGCGGUUUCAAGGACAAUCCCGAGGAGUUGCUGCGGAUCCCGCCGCCUCCGCCGCCUCACGAGCGGUUCGAAUGGGUCGGCAACACGAGCAGGCGGCCUUACAAGAUCGGCAAAUGCAUGGUCGGUCUCGCCAACCUCGGCGCCACUUGCUACAUGAACUCGCUCCUGCAGACGCUGUACAUGGAUGUGCCGUUCCGGGCUGCAGUCUAUGCCUUUGAUCCUGCGUGCGUGGCUCAGACCAUCCCGCCCGGACAGACCUCGGUCGUUCACGAGCUGCAGCGGGUCUUUGCCUACCUCGAGCUCUCUCAAAAGACGGUCUACGUUCCGCAGCAACUGGUUUCUGCUCUUGGCUUGGACACCACCGAGCAGCAGGAUGCACAAGAGUUCUACAAACUCUUUCUCAGCGCCAUCGAGACCGAGAUGCGCCAGUCGGACGACCCGCAUGUGGCGAGCGCGGUGGGUCGCACCUUCCGUGGCAAGCUCUCAUACGUCACCACCUGUCAGUCUUGCAAGCACGCGAGUCGACGCAGUGAGCCGUUCUACGAGCUCGAUCUCAACUUUCGGUCGGCAUCGGACAAGCUGGCCACGCUGGAGAACCUCAUCACCGACUACGUCACGCCUGAGGUCAUGGAUGGUGACAACAAGGUCUUCUGCUCAAAGUGUGAAGGCAAGCAUGCUGCCACCAGAGCCAUCGAGCUCGAGGAGCUUCCGUCAUCACUGGUCGUCCAGGUCAAGCGCUUCACCUAUGACAUGGUCACCUUCCAGAAGAAGAAGAUCCACACCAACAUUUCGUACCCGCAGUCGCUCAACCCUGGCCGCCUCGUCCCAAACGCCGACUUCCCCGCUCACGAAUACCGGGUGUGGGCCAUCCUCGAGCACGCUGGUGCCACUACUUCGGCUGGCCACUACAUUGCCUUUCUUCGCGAGCCAAUCAACCAGUACUGGUACCGUUUCAACGACGAGGAGGUCCGCUGCGACAUGAACUUUGACGAUCCGCUUGACGCAGGUGCCGAUGCGCUUGUCGCCGGCACCGACACCGCCACCGAGACAAAAUCCAAGUCCAAGUCCAAGUCCAAGUCCAAGCCCAAGCCCAAGCCCAAAUCAGCCGCCAAGUCCAAACCAGCUGCCAAACUCAAGUCGGCCGCCAAGUCCAAGGCUGCUGCUACCGCCAAGGCCAAGCCCAAGGCCAAGCCCAAGGCCAAGGCCAAGGCGCCCGCCACUGAGGCGGGUAAGAAGCGUGGACGGACCACCUCGAGAUCUCGCCGUCGGACCAAGACGGCCAAGGCUCUUGACGGUUCGCGCCGCGCGUCGUCCUCUGGCGUGUGCGACAUGAUCGAGGAGCAGCAAGAGGAGGAGGAGAUCGGCUCCGAUGCGGUCGAGUCCACGUCGAGCUCGCGGCCGAGCCGCAUCCGCCGCUCGCGCCGUACAGCGGCCGCCAAAGCCAGGUCCGGCACUGCCGACAGCAAGCACCAGAUGAUGUCUGUCACAGACAUCAACAAGGAAAUUGUCGAGAGUCAGAAGGCUGUCGGCCGGUCAGCAAUUGUCAACCAAGCCCCCACGCUCGAGGAGAACACUUUGUCGCGCAGGUCCUCUCGCCGCAAGCGGAAGCGCAGCCCAUCACCCAAGUCACCUGGCCCUGUGCCUGAUGUCAAGCCGAAGUCCAAGAGAGUGGCCAAUACCAAGACCAAGCCCACCGCCAAGGCGGGCAAGGCCAAGGCGACCAAGGCCAAGGCGACCAAGGCCAAGGCGGCCAAGGCCAAGGCGGCCAAGGCCAAGGCGACCAAGGCCAAGGCGACCAAGGCCAAGGCGACCAAGGUUAAGCGGGAGCCAAAGAUUGUCAAGCCGGCCGUGCCGCCAGCAGCGAGCGUGGACCCGCUCGUUGACGCCCACGGCUCAUCGCUAGAGCGAUGGGAGUCGAAGAACGCGUACAUGUUUGUGUACUCGAGGCACCGCGACGAACCGCUGCCAGAGUACACAGUUCCGCAGGCGCUGCGCGAAGAGGUCGAGGCCGAAAACACCAAGCUGCUGGCCAGGAUCUAUGAGUUCAAGUCCAAAGUGCAGGCUGCGCAGGAGCAGGUCGACACCGAACGUGCGCGAUACACCAGCCUUAUGGAGCGCAACCGCGAAGCGCUCAAGACCGAUCCCCGCAACGUUCGCUGGCUGCCAGUCGCCUGGCUCCGUUCGUGGGCACUCGGCAACCGCCCGCCGCUCGUCGCAGAGCCAGAGCUGCUGUGCAAGCACGGCUGCAUCGACCCGCAGGAGGCGCCCAACCUCAAGGUUGUCCACGCCUCGGUCUACCACGAAAUGGUCGAGCUGUACGCCGACAGCGCUUCUCCACAAUUUCCGGAGCUCAACCUCACGUCAUGCUGCAUCGAGUGCCUUCGCAGCUACGUCAGCCAUCGAAAGUCGCUGCGCGACGACAUCGCCCAUCGCGCCGCAGUUCUCACGCGCAUCGACAACGGCGAGCUCAACGGCGACGACGACGCGGGUGUCUACAUCGACAAGAAGUUCCUUACCCGCUUCAGACGGUCGACCACGUCGACCACCUAUGGAUCCGGCGACAUCAACGAGAAGAUCAUGUGCGAGCAUGGCAAGCUGACCCCUUCAGGUGCUGUUGCCGUCAAGGUCGGCUCGGACGACUUUGACUUUAUGUGCCAGUAUGCCGGCGUGACUGGCACCAAGCUGACUGGCGACGCCAUUCCUUGCGCCAUCUGUGCGGAGAAGUACGAGACCAAGAAGAGCAAGCGCUCCGCGCUUGCUAGCCAGCUCAAGGAGGAGCGGAUCCUCGCUCGCAGCUUCCUGGAGCGGCGUACCGUGGCGCCCAAAGAGGCUAGCGACGGCUGGUACUUUGCCAUCCCGGAGGACUUUGUCCAUGACUGGCGCGAAUAUGUCAAGCAUGCGCUCGACGGCGACGUGGAGCGUCCAAAGGCCAUCGACACCGCGCCACUGCGGUGCGAGCACGGUAAGCUCCUUUACCACUUUUCCAGGAACGACCUUCGCGAGAGCCGCCACAUCAACGUCUUUGAUCUCAUGGCCGAGUCCAAGUGGUCAUUGUUCGUCACCAAGUACCCAUGCGAGGCGCCGGUCCGUCUCUGCCUCGCUGCUGCAGAAAACACGGGUGACUUGGAGCUGGUCUACAGUCCUGAGCCAUGCAGCCAAGGAUGUGUCGAGGCACAGCUCGAGCGCGAUAGGCAGGAGGAUGCUGACGAUACGUCCGAGAUCUUUGUGCGUCUUGUUGGGCCUGGCGAGAACUGGUGCGACAUCGACGUCGAAGAAGAGCGCAAGCGGAUCUUGCCCAAGACCACCGCCUCUGGCCGGGUCCGCCGGACCCGUCAGCAGACCAACCCGAUCCGUCGGUUCGACUUUCACCCGGAGCUCACGGUUGGCGAGCUCAAGUACGACAUCUUCAGGAAGUUCAACGUGAGCGAUACCAAGCAAGUCCUGUUCUUCAACAAUGACUCGCUCGAGGACAACGAGAAGCCGCUCAUCGACUGUGGCGUCGCCGCCAACAAUGUCAUCAUCUGCCAGACGAGCAGCCAGCCUGACGACGACGAUGUUGCGCAGGCCAUCGAAAAGAAGGCUGCCACCGUGCCCGAGACCGGAUUUGCCGGUUCGCGCCUGGUCUCCUCGUUUGCGCCGCGCCUCUCUGCGACCGAAGAGCCCGUGGUCGACCUUGUCGACGACGACGACGACGACAACAACAACAACAACAAGUAGCUCCCAUAAGACUUUGCCUCACGCCUGCUCGCCACCCGAAGCCGCUAGCGUCGGAAAAGGAUUAAAGCCGUACUCGAGCGCCCG